UGAGGGGCGAGCCGGAGCGCGGUUGCCGUUUGCGGGCCGAGGCGGGGAGGGGCGCACGCACGAGGGGAGGAGCGGCGGGCGCCGAGAGUGGCUGAAGAGCCGGAAACGCGCCUCAGACGGUUGGGCGGCCCCCCUCCCGAAGCUCCUGGAGGAAAAGCCCCGGGUGUUCCCCGGCAUGUCCCAUCUCGCGGCAGGGUGCGCGGCCGCCGGCCCUCGGGAGAAGCUGGGUGGCCCCGGGCGGCCCCGGGGACGAGUGGCCGCGUUUGUGCAGCGGUUGUAAGCAAGAUGCGGUAGCACGUGACCCUGGGACGCGAACCCUGAUGCCGGUUCCCCGCCACCCGUGUGCUUUUUUCUCUGACACUUGGCCCCAAGCAGAUGCAUCACAGUUAUCUUUCUAGUAAGGAUGAGCUUGCAUUGCUCCAUCUAAGCUCCAUCGUUUCAGAGUGCCUGCUCUAUACAAGGAUGAAUGAAAUGAACCUGAGCCCAGUGGGGAUGGAGCAGCUGACUUCAUCCUCUGUGAGCAAUGCCUUGCCAGUCUCAGGGAGUCACCUGGGGUUGGCUGCCUCACCCACUCACAGUGCCAUCCCUGCCCCAGGCCUGCCAGUGGCGAUUCCAAACCUGGGUCCCUCCCUGAGUUCCCUGCCUUCUGCUUUGUCUCUGAUGCUCCCAAUGGGUAUUGGGGAUCGAGGGGUGAUGUGCGGGUUACCGGAAAGAAACUACACCCUACCUCCACCACCUUACCCCCACCUGGAGAGCAGCUACUUCAGAACCAUCCUACCUGGCAUUUUAUCUUAUUUGGCUGACAGACCACCUCCUCAGUACAUCCACCCCAACUCCAUAAAUGUUGAUGGUAAUACAGCAUUAUCUAUCGCCAAUAACCCUUCAGCACUAGAUCCCUAUCAGUCCAAUGGAAAUGUCGGAUUGGAACCAGGCAUCGUUUCAAUAGACUCUCGCUCUGUGAACACACAUGGUGCCCAAAGCCUCCAUCCCAGUGAUGGCCAUGAGGUGACGUUGGACACAACAAUCACUAUGGAGAACGUCUCUAGGGUUACCAGCCCCAUCUCGACAGAUGGAAUGGCAGAGGAGCUUACAAUGGAUGGUGUCACUGGCGAGCAUUCUCAAAUCCCAAGUGGCUCCAGAAGCCAUGAACCUCUGUCUGUGGAUUCUGUGAGUAGCAACCUUGCAGCAGACACUGUGGGGCACGGUGGCGUGAUACCCAUUCACGGGAAUGGCCUGGAGCUGCCUGUGGUCAUGGAGACGGACCACAUUGCAAGUCGGGUCAACGGGAUGUCGGACAGUGCCCUCAGUGACUCCAUCCACACCGUGGCCAUGAGCACCAACUCUGUAAGCGUGGCCCUCUCUACCUCACACAACCUCGCCUCCCUAGAAUCUGUUUCCCUCCAUGAAGUUGGCCUAAGCCUAGAACCUGUGGCUGUCUCCUCCAUCACCCAGGAGGUUGCUAUGGGGACAGGUCAUGUAGAUGUAUCUUCAGACAGUCUUUCUUUUGUAUCACCUUCACUGCAAAUGGAAGACUCCAAUUCAAACAAGGAAAAUAUGGCCACCUUGUUUACAACCUGGUGCACCCUCUGUGACCGAGCCUACCCCUCAGACUGCCCCGACCACGGACCGGUGACCUUUGUUCCUGACACGCCAAUAGAGAGCAGAGCAAGGCUUUCCCUCCCUAAGCAGCUUGUGCUCCGCCAGUCAAUCGUGGGAGCAGAAGUUGGCGUGUGGACUGGAGAAACCAUUCCUGUGCGGACAUGCUUUGGUCCUCUGAUUGGCCAGCAGAGUCACUCCAUGGAGGUAGCAGAAUGGACAGACAAGGCAGUGAGCCACAUCUGGAAGAUAUACCACAAUGGUGUCCUAGAAUUCUGCAUCGUUACCACUGACGAAAACGAAUGUAACUGGAUGAUGUUUGUGCGCAAAGCCAGGAACCGGGAAGAGCAGAAUUUGGUGGCUUAUCCCCAUGAUGGAAAAAUUUAUUUCUGCACCUCACAAGAUAUUCCUCCUGAAAAUGAACUGCUUUUUUAUUACAGCCGGGAUUAUGCUCAGCAGAUUGGUGUUCCCGAACACCCGGAUGUGCACCUCUGUAACUGCGGCAAGGAGUGCAGCUCCUAUACAGAGUUCAAGGCCCACCUGGCCAGCCACAUCCAUAACCAUCUUCCCAGCCAGGGUCACAGUGGCAGCCACGGGUCUGGCCACAGCAAAGAAAGGAAGUGGAAGUGCUCCAUGUGCCCCCAGGCUUUCAUCUCUCCUUCCAAGCUUCAUGUCCACUUUAUGGGUCACAUGGGGAUGAAGCCCCACAAGUGUGACUUCUGUAGUAAGGCUUUUAGUGAUCCCAGCAACCUGCGGACCCACCUCAAAAUACACACCGGUCAAAAGAACUACCGGUGUACUUUGUGUGACAAGUCCUUCACCCAGAAGGCUCACCUGGAGUCGCACAUGGUUAUCCACACGGGCGAGAAGAACCUCAAGUGUGAUUACUGUGACAAGCUGUUCAUGCGGAGGCAGGACCUCAAGCAGCACGUGCUCAUCCACACACAGUGAGUCACCCCACAGCCAGCAUGUUCCCCAGGUG